GGUUUUUUCACUGGAUAUAAAUCAAUUGUGUCGUCUAUUGUAUUAAUUCUUGUACUGUUUUUCUACAUUGUAAGAAAUUAAAAGUCAGUGUUAUUCUUGGUAUUUAAAUUGAAUUUCUCUCAAGUUAAAAUAUUCACAAAACAAAUAACAAACUCGAUAUAUUUGUUGCCAAAUGUUUACAUGGAAGUUUCCGUUUUUUUUGACAGCAAUUCGUUUUAGUAAAUUUUCUACUACAAUUUAUAAACAUCAGACAAUGACAGCUAUAAACUAUUGUUUCUACUCGUUGAAAAUAAGUUUGUAACGGUUUAUAUAAAAGUUGAUCGAACACUGGAUUUAAAAUUUUCUCCACUUUUAAAUAUAUAUUUUCUUUCAUCAAAAAGUGUUUGGUAAUUUUCCAGCCAGAUAUCAAUUUUGUGCACAAAGGGAAAUAGUGAAAAAAUCGACAUGAUAAAAGAUAAUCCAAGACAUUAUUGUUUACUGAAAAGAAAUAAUCUUUGAAAAAUGUGAAAUUUUCUGCGUACAAUGCUAAUAUUUCUAUGAAUCGUGGUAAUUUACUCGUGAAAGUGACUGACUGGUUGAAUUCGACUAUUUUCCAUCAAAAACUAAAUGAUUUAAAUCGAACAUGAUAUCCGUCCGAUAGUCUUUACGAGUUCUUGUAACAAUUCAGACAGUUGCUCUUGAUAAUUUUAUAAAAAAGAAGAAAUCUUUGAGAAGGUAAACAGAGUGCUCAGGUUUGACGAGUAAAGUGACGUUCGACAUUCAGAAGGGAAAGUGCCGGUUAUAUUGAGAGUUGUGAGUGCAAGUAUCGAUGAGUGAUGUUCAAUAGACAGUGGUCCAUUCCUUAAGUAACUUUUUAAAGUUAAAAUUUUUGAGUUUCGCGUGAAAAUUAUAUAAAGAUCUUGAGAAAAUGGCGGAUCUUGAGGCUGUUUUGGCGGAUGUCAGCUACUUGAUGGCCAUGGAAAAAAGCAAAUGCGCACCCGCAGCAAGAGCAAGCAAAAAGAUCGUCUUACCUGAUCCUAGUGUUCGAAGCGCAACGCACAAACAUUUGGAAAAGAAGAAUGAAGUGAAUUUCGACAAAAUCUUUAAUCAAAUGUUAGGUUAUCUUUUAUUCAAAGAAUUUUGCGAGACAGCCGCAGAGGAACCAAUUCCACAACUUAGGUUUUAUGAACAGAUUAAAGCUUACGAAAAACUGGAAUGUCCGGAAGAAAGAAGAAAGCUUGCAAAAGAAGUUUACGAUAACUUUAUUAUGAAAGAAUUAUUGGCACACUCUCAUGAAUACUCAAAAGAUGCCGUUUCACAUGUACACAAGUAUCUUAUGAAAAAUGAGGUUCCUGUCAAUUUAUUCGAGCCGUACAUAGAGGAAAUUUUCAACCAUUUAAGGGGUGAUCCGUUUAAAAAGUUCCUAGAAAGUGAAAAGUACACAAGAUUUUGCCAGUGGAAAAAUCUCGAAUUAAAUAUUCAGUUAACUAUGAAUGACUUCAGCGUACAUAGAAUAAUUGGUAGGGGUGGUUUUGGCGAAGUUUACGGAUGUCGAAAAGCAGACACAGGCAAAAUGUAUGCAAUGAAGUGCCUCGAUAAGAAGCGCAUUAAGAUGAAACAGGGUGAAACUUUAGCACUUAAUGAAAGGAUAAUGCUCGCUCUAGUCAGUACCGGGGUUGAUUGCCCUUUUAUAGUAUGUAUGACUUAUGCCUUUCACACACCUGACAAACUUUGUUUUAUACUGGAUUUAAUGAAUGGUGGCGAUCUUCAUUAUCAUCUUAGUCAACAUGGCGUUUUUAAUGAACCAGAAAUGAAAUUUUAUGCUGCAGAAGUAAUCUUAGGUCUUGAACAUAUGCACCGGAGAUAUAUUGUUUAUCGAGAUCUUAAACCCGCGAAUAUACUUCUUGAUGAACACGGACAUGUUAGAAUAUCUGACUUAGGAUUAGCUUGUGAUUUCUCGAAAAAAAAACCACAUGCAAGUGUCGGCACACAUGGUUACAUGGCACCCGAAGUUCUUUCAAAAGGCACAGCAUAUGACUCUAGUGCUGAUUGGUUUUCGUUCGGAUGUAUGUUAUAUAAGUUAUUAAAAGGACAUAGUCCAUUUCGACAACAUAAAACAAAGGAUAAACAUGAAAUUGACAGAAUGACUCUAACUAUGAACGUCGAAUUACCAGAUACGUUUUCACGAGAAUUGCGUUCACUUUUGGAAGGUUUACUUCAACGAGAUAUUAAUAAUAGAUUGGGUUGCCGAGGGGGAGGAGCUGAUGAGUUAAAAGAGCAUCCAUUUUUUAAUGGCAUUGACUGGCAACAGGUUUAUCUUCAAAAGUACACACCACCACUAAUUCCACCUCGAGGUGAGGUAAACGCUGCUGAUGCUUUUGAUAUUGGUUCUUUUGACGAAGAGGACACUAAGGGAAUCAAAUUAACUGACGCGGAUCAGGAUCUAUAUAAAGAUUUUCCAAUGGUUAUUUCUGAAAGAUGGCAGGCCGAGGUUGCUGAAACAGUAUUUGAAACAAUUAAUCAAGAAGCUGAUAAGGUUGAAAACAAAAGAAGAGCAAAAAAAGUUCGAUUUGAAGCAGAUGAGAAAGGAUCUGAUUGUAUUUUAAAUGGAUACGUUAAAAAAUUAGGUGGUCCUUUUGCCAGUGCAUGGCAAACACGUUAUGCAAAGCUUUAUCCAAAUAGACUAGAACUUCACCCAGAAUCAGCUGGCACACGUCCUGAAUUAGUGUUUCUAGAUCAGGUAGAAGAAGUUGCCAGUGAUCUUCAACAUGUAAAAGGAGAACAGUGUAUAGUAAUGCGCACAAGGGAUGCCAAAAUAGUCCUAACUAAUCCGGAGGACGAAAUCAGUCUUAAAGAAUGGGCACUAUCGUUACGAAUGGCUCAUAAGAAUUCAAUGGAAAUGCUUGGUAGUAUGGCAAGGAAAGCUGGUAAAAUCUAUGGGACUGAACGCGAUGUAGUGUCACCUCCAACGCAGCGUUCAACAAAUGGAAACUAGCCCAUUUUUAAAUAUUUAUCACCACACUCCAAUCCCACUGCCCGCAGCAGCGAUAGCAGCAGCAAAUUUUUUUAUACUAUUGAAACUAGUGAAACAAGUGACAUCUAUUGGCACUGAGAAAUCGUGGGCUUCCUCUCAGAGCUCGACUAUCAUUCAUCUUCAAUUCCUUUUACUUCUCUGGGUCCUACAACCGUAGAAAUAAUUCUGGAAGCAUAAAGGCGAAUAGCGUCUCGAUGCGUAGUCAGAGUAGCGAGUAGAACCGCAUCAAUUUAUGAGUAAUCCUUAAAAAAAACAUAUUCCAAUAAUCUAUUUAACGAUGAAAAAGGUAUAUUAGAUGUGUUAAACCAAACUGAUGAAAUUUUUUAAGUACAUUUUUUGAAUACUCUAUAAAGUACGGAAAAUUCUUUAUUAAUUUUUCCAAAGUUUUUAAACAAAUUAUAAGAAGUGUCGAGAAAUUUAAUAUUAAAAAGAUAAUUUUAAAUACUAAUUUAAAGUUAAAUGUUACAUUAAGAUAUCUGUUGAAUACAGUCUUAAUAGAAAGUUUAUAAAGUAUAAUAUAAACUUAUUACUAGAACUGUUAUUCAAUAGUGAACUUAAUAAGAAAUAAAACUGAACUAAGUAACAUCAGUUAUGAAACAUAUUGUUAUAUAACAAAACAUUUUUUUCACAAAAGUUAAAUCGUUAAUUUUUUAGAUGGUAAUAAAAUUAAAAACUUUUUUUUGUGUGGUUGGAAAUGAGAGCGAUACUUUGAGUCAAACUUUGAAACUAAUUUGUAAUGUUUUGUUCAACGAUUUGACAGAAUAUACUAUUUUUAUCAUGAC